AUGUCGACACCUGCCCAAGUGCUUCAAGACGUGCAGUUUAAAGAACGUCUUGCUGACGUGGAGGCGCGUCUGCCAAUUACACUGGCAUUGGCUCACGAAGGAUCGCUGGCGAAACGCAAUCAGAUCAAGCGCAAACUCUAUUACGAUAGCGAGCUUAUCCGCAUUGAAUUGGAGGAGCGUAUGAAUGCACUGGGUAUUGAGAGCCAAUGGGAUACGGCGUCUGAAAUGAAGGACGCAAAUACAAAGCUUGAUGCUGUACGCAAACAGCUCAAGCUGGACGUGCUGCCAAGUAGCUCGUCGCCCAUUGAGAAGCUAUACAUGGUCGUACGGAUGCUCACAAUGGCGUUGGUGCUUGUGGGCUGGAUAAGCUGUGUGACAGUGCUUAUUCCACUGAAAUUACUCACUCCAAUGCUCCAGAAAAUGGGUGUCAAGAGGAAUUAUCUUCCAAUGGAUAUUGUGUCCUGGGGCACAGCGGCAAUGGUGUGUGUCACGGCCUGUACGGAUGUCAAGGCGGAAGGAGUGGAAAAUUUGUUGAAUUUAAAAGACUCAGUCGUCUGCAUGUUUAGCCAUUCGUCCAAUUUGGAUGGGUUCAUUGUAAACGGAUCAUCACCUACUGCAUUCAAGUUUGCAGUCAAGAAGAGUCUCUUUUUGAUACCUUUUCUAGGUUGGUCAUCCCGCUGGGGCUUUGACUUUGUGGCCAUUGAUCGUUCCCAUCGCAAAUCAGCACUAAAGAGUUUAAAAGAGCUGGCGGUGUCGGUGAACGAACGUGGCAAUUCUGUCUGUAUCUCCCCUGAAGGCACACGCUCGAAGGACGGCUUGCUACAAGAUUUUAAGAAGGGACCGUUCUACCUUCGCGAGGAAACGAAGAAGAACGUGGUGCCGUCGAUCGUGUUCGGCGCGUACGAGCUGUGGCCACCUGGACGUCUGUUCAGCAUCCCCGGACACACGUUGGUGCGCUACUUGCCGGAGUACAAGCCAGAUCCGAAUUUGAACCGAAACCAGAACCGUCUGGCACUUCGUCGCAUCUAUCUCAAGGCCUUCACGGAGGAUGUGCCGGACUACAUUGGCACUCGCGUGGGCACCACUUUUAUCCUGAAGAACAUGUUCUAUCACUACCUCGCGUGGUCGAUCACGUUCAAAGUGACGUCGUGGGCGUUCACAGCCGUUGACCUUGUCUGUUACUAUUUGGACAUCACGUACGGCACGUUCAUGCUCUUUUCACUGGUAACGAUGGUCGCAGGUGAAGCCCUCAUGUUCUUCACCUGCUAA